AUGCGUUUAGUACUCAUCGGAAGAACAGGCGAAGGCAAAAGUGCCUUGGCCAAUGUCUUGUUGGGUGCGAAAGUAUUCAAAACAAGUUGCGCGAUGGGUUCGGUAACGCAAGAAUGUCAGAUGGGUAAAAGAGAAUUUGAGGGUCGAAAUUUAGUCGUGAUCGAUACACCUGGAUUGUUUGAUACAGACAAAGAUUCAUUUUCAGUAGCCUACGAAAUAAGUAAAGCAGUGGGUAGUGCUCCCGGACCGCAUGCAUUUAUCAUUGUUAUUAAAGCUGGUGGUGGUCGAUACACACGUGAGGCUGAAGAAACAGUGAAACUUGUUCACGAUAUUUUUCGUGGUAACAUUGUUCGUUAUUGCAUCGUUGUUUUCACUGGUGAGGAUAAUAUACAUCGAGAUGACUCAACAGCCACACUCGAUCAAUGGCAAGCUCAAUCGACUGAUUCGAUUAUUAGCCUCGUUCAAGCGUGUAAUGGUCGCUGUAUGGCCAUUGAUACGACGGAGAAAUCAAAGGAACAACUUGAUAAUAAAGUGCGGGAGCUCAUGUCCCUAGUGAACCGCAUGGUUCAAGAAAAUGACGGACGAGUAUAUACAAAUGAAAUGUUAGAAAGAGCCGAACAGGCUUACAGAGAGCAGGAAGAAGAGCUGCUCCGAGUACAAAAGGAAGAACAAGAACGACGUCAACGACAAAUCGAUCAGUUUCAGCAACGUGCUACCGAAGCUCAACUUGAAAAGGAAGGCCUGAGUCAACAGCUUGAUGCAGCGAAAAAGCAAUCUCAACAGGACCAGGAUGAGCUUCUUGCCGCUCGUCUUCAGGCAGAAAAACGUGAAGAACAAGUUCGCGCACAAUACGAUGCUUUGGCAGCUACUCAUCGAGAACAACAACGUAAUGAGGAAGCGCGGGCUAAAGCUCGCGAUCGAAAUCCUGACACAAUCAAGAAAGAAGAUGGAAAUUGGGAAUCAUUUUUCAAGUCCGCUCUAUCAACUAUUGCCGAAGGUAUCAGGAAGGCGUACCUAAGUUCAACAGGAGCCUCCCCUUCUGAACAGGCGGAUGGUUCAUCGACACUGAAUAAUCAUUCAUCGAGUGGACGUUUGAGACAAACAACAGGAAGACAAGAAGGAAAUCCGUCAAAUUUUUUGCCUCCACGUCACGCAAGAGGCACUGGUUUACUCGGAUUCGGAGCACCAGGAACACCCUAUCAUCAUCAUCAUAUGAUAAAUUCUCCAACAGGUCAAUCACCCACAACUUUUGGAACACGCGGGAUAGGGUUUGGUGCAGGUCCCUUUGGUGGCAUGAGUAGAGGUGGAGGACCAGCACAUCAUCAUCAUUGA